CCUGCAGGAGAUGCUGAAGGACGAGGUGAGGACGCUGACGUACCGCAACUCCAUGUUCCACAACCGGCACCUGUUCAAGGACAAGGUGGUGCUGGACGUGGGCAGCGGCACCGGCAUCCUCAGCAUGUUCGCGGCCAGAGCCGGCGCCAGGAGAGUCAUCGGGAUCGAGUGCUCCAGCAUCUCCGACUACGCCGUCAAGAUCGUCAAGGCCAACAAACUGGACCAUGUGGUUUCCAUCAUCAAGGGCAAGGUGGAGGAGGUGGAGCUGCCCGUGGACAAAGUGGACAUCAUCAUCAGCGAGUGGAUGGGCUACUGUCUGUUCUACGAGUCCAUGCUGAACACGGUCAUCUACGCGCGGGACAAAUGGCUGAGACCGGACGGGCUGAUCUUCCCCGACCGCGCCACGCUCUACGUGACGGCCAUCGAGGAUCGCCAGUACAAGGACUACAAAAUCCACUGGUGGGAGAACGUGUACGGCUUCGACAUGUCCUGCAUCAAGGACGUGGCCAUCAAAGAGCCCCUGGUGGACGUGGUGGAUCCCAAGCAGCUCGUGACCAACGCCUGCCUCAUCAAGGAAGUGGACAUCUACACGGUGAAGGUGGAGGAGCUGACGUUCACGGCGCCCUUCUGCCUGCAGGUGAAGCGCAACGAUCACGUGCACGCGCUGGUGGCCUACUUCAACAUCGAGUUCACGCGCUGCCACAAGAGAACCGGCUUCUCCACCAGCCCCGAGUCGCCGUACACGCACUGGAAGCAGACGGUGUUCUACAUGGAGGAAUACCUGACGGUGAAGAGCGGCGAGGAAAUCUUCGGCACCAUCACCAUGAAACCCAACGCCAAAAACAACCGCGACCUGGACUUCACCAUCGACCUGGACUUCAAGGGGCAGCUCUGUGAACUCUCCUGCUCCACCGACUACCGCAUGCGUUAGGGGGCCCAAAACCCCCGGAAUUCACCCCAAAAUCAGCCCCAAGCCCCCUCAAAAUCCCCCCCAAAACCCCCCAAAAUCCCCCAAAAAAAACCCCAAAAAAUCCCAA